AUGGUAGAUUGCUGGUCAAGGCUUCCCCAGGAACUCCUUGGGUGCAUCACAAAGAGGCUUCAUUCAGUGGAGGACUUUGUUAGGUUUGGUGCGGUCUGCAAGUCAUGGAGAUUGGUUACAAUUCAGAGACGUAACUACUCUUUGAAACUUUCUCCUCCAUGGCUAAUGCUUGUGGAGAAUGAAGGCAAUGACAUUCGUGGCUUUUACAGUCUCUCAAGCAAUAAGGUUCACCAUCUUCAUUUGCCCGAGGCUCAAGGAAGGCGAUGUUGGGGUUCUCCCCAUGGCUGGCUUGUCACUAUAGGCAUUGAUCUGGAGAUCCAUCUACUUAGUCCUUUAACAAGAGCUCAAAUACGGGUACCACCUCAAACGACAUUCGAGGAUCUGCGCGAUCCUGCUCCGCCACCAAAAGAGAUCCGUGAUAAAUAUAUAGAGAAAGCAGUGAUAUCUUCCAGUCCAUCAUCAUCAUCAUCAUCUUCGGGUGAUAACUGCAUAGUUAUGGCAAUCUAUGGUGAGCUAUCUCUAUUGGCCUUUGCAAGACCUGGAGACAAAAAAUGGACUAGUUUAGAAAAUUGUCCUCUUGGAUUUAUCGAUCUCAUAUACUCAGAUGGUUAUUUCUUUGCUCUCCAAUCUCUUGGGAAUGUAGUGAAAUGUGAGAUAAAUGGACCUCAUCCGAAGGCAAUAGAUUUUGCAUCACCACCACCAAAUGGGGAUUUUGUAGAGAGGAAAUAUCUUGUAGAUUUGUCAGGAGAACUACAUAUGGUCAUGAGGAACUUCGAAAAUAUUGGACCAUACAGUUCCCCACAAUCUAGAACUACUGAUUUUAAAAUCUACAAGUUGGAUUCAAGCAAUAUGCAGUGGAUGGAGGUUCAAAGUUUGGGAGAUCGAGCAUUAUUUGUUGGUAAUAAUUCUACAUUUGCUAUCUCAGUUUCCGAUCACCCCGAGUUUCAAGGCAAUUGCAUCUACUUCACAGAUGACUAUUCUCUCUUUUAUGAGUUUGGAGGAGGAGGAGGAGCUGAUAUGGGAAUCUUUAAUUACACAGAUCAUACGAUUCAAUCAUGUUACCAAGGUCAUGACAUUAUUUCUGAUUUUUCUCCUCCACUUUGGAUCUCCCCAAAUCUAUGGUAG